CCCGAGAAUGAUCGGCCCAAACAUAUUUAAACUUUCAAAUUUUUCAAUUUAAAUUAGAAACGUCAAUUUGCAUCUAUCUCUCCACAAACCAGUACCACAGUUACCCUUUUAGCAUAUCCCGCCAACAUUUUUUUUCUGAUUCUUCAUUUCCCGCCUCCCUGCUUGACAUCUUUCUCCACUCCUCCCCACAGGCCACAGCCGCCGCUUCUAAUCUUCUCCGAGAUCCCGCUUCGAAAUCUCUGACUCGACCGACGAAUCUCUCGAACUGAAUUGACGAAAUGGCCGGUCAGUCUGGCUCUCAGCUCUCGCUCUUCACUCCCGACGAGGUGGAGUUCGUGGCGGAAGACGAGUUGGUCGAGAUCGUCCCGAAUCUGAGAAUGGACUCGCUCAAUUUCAUCUGUGGAGAUUACGGCCCGUUCUAUCCACAAAUAGCCAUUCAGGUUCCGUUGUGGUUAGCUCUUGCGCUGAAGAAGCGAGGGAAGUGCACGAUUCGGCCUCCACAGUGGAUGUCCAUCGAGAACUUGACUCAGGUGCUCGAAGGGGAAAGAGAAUCUCAUGCAUUUCAGACAUUGCCAUUCCAUUAUGUCGAAAUCUCCAGACUUCUUUUUGACCGUGCACGAGAUGACAUUCCUGACGUAUACAUGGUGAGAUCGCUUGUUGAAGACAUCCGGGAUGUGAGGUUUCAUAAGGUUGAAACAAACUUGGAAAACUUCACUGCAUCUGCAGUAACGUGGAAAAAUAUGGCUGCUAUGGAAGUGAAUAUAAUCCGAGCCUUCUCAGGGAGAGCUCUACAAGCAUUUUACAGACACGAGAAUGAGCAGGCCGUACCAGAUCUUGACAGAACUCAAGAUAGACAGCCCCAAAAUCUUAAUGACAGGCCUAGACGUAAUCUAAGGCCACGGUAAUGUAGCAUGGCAGAUCAAGCUGGAAAUACUAACCUCGACGAGAAGCCACACAAGGUAGUCUGCUUUCCUUUGAUUACUUGGUGGUUCUCUGGCUAUUAUAGAGAAGUCUUGCCUAGGUAAUUCAAAUGACCAGAUUCUCAUGAACUAAUGGAAUCCUAGGUCAAUAUUUUAUGGUGUAGUAUUCAAAUUGUGUAAUCUUUAUAUGGGAAUGCAAUGGUCCAGCAUAUCUUCCUUCAAACUAGAAGUGGCUUGUCCAUAUCACAUUUGAUAAUAUUAUCUGCCGAGGAGUCCAGGCUUGUGCAUCAGAAACUACAACCUAGAUCCCAUCUCGGCAGUAAAUUAGUCAUAGCAUUUUACUUGAACCGAAAUGGUUGACAUGUUCGUCAUAUCCAGAUGUUUGGUAUGACAGAAGCUUUAGUUAUAUUAUAGUUGUUUAGGUUUGAAUAAUGCAUUCUCGUUUGCCAUUGUGAUUAGUUUAUUACCAGCUGCAAUAAUUAGAUUCGCUCGUUUUCCUUCACCUUCAUUUUUUUAGUGUGGCGAUGAUUAGAGAGACUUUCCUUUUUGUCAAUGAUUAGAUUCCGGACAAGAGAUGGGAAUGAACACUAGGCAGUAGUUUAUUGUUAUAGUCGUCACAUAUUUGAAGCUUCGUACGUAGUAUAUAGACGACGGUCGAGGGAAAGUAUAUGGUGGUGCAUUCCUUUUGGUGUAGCGCCUGCAUUCCUUUUGAAGGAUUAUAUGAUACAUUUUGGAGGUGGUUUAGGGAAUAUAUAAGUAGUAAACAAAACUUUUGUCCUUUUUGCCAACAACCUAAUCUGGGUGUUAGGUUGUCGGGUUAGGUUGUUGUCAGAUAAUUUUUUUUUAUAAGGGUGAUAUAGGUUUGGUUUUUAAUUAGGUUCUACGGUCUUAAAGGAUUUAGAUCUGAGACCUACAGGUCAAGACCUUAUUUGAGGCAGAUAUUGGGGUGGGGAAGGUGUUGGGUAAAUUACAAAAGUUCUUACUAGGACGAGAGAAGAGGAAAUAGAUCAAAAUUAGUUGAACUCAAUGAUUGGUAUUGCUCUAGGACACGACUUAAAACCCAUGAUUAUCGUAGUAGGCCGAUGAAGGAGGGUAUAGUUGAAAACUUGAAAGUUUGCUGUGGGUGAACAUGACUUGCACAAAUGUUGUAGGGCAUAGAGACUAACUGAUUUCGUUUUGCUUUACAUUAUAAAAACGGGUAAAGAAGGGCAAAUCGCCAAAUCGGAUCCCCUUUUGGUAAAGGAAAUUCAAUUGAUGGAGGCUGCCAGGCUGCCAAACACAGCCAUAUAACCUGUUGUUUUCUUUUCAAUAAGAAAUCAUAUGCGUUGCCUUCAAGUGCCAAUUGUUGAACCUUUUUUUUUUCUUUCCUUUCUUGGAGAUAUGAUUUUUUGUUUGUUACCACAGUGUUCGGUUGGGGAACGGCUACGGUGCUAAUUGUACAAUAGUUAGCACCGUCCUAACUAAGGGAAAAACUACUACUAGUUUAAAUUAGUAGUGAUUUAGCUUAGAUGUUGUAUUGAUUUUAUAAUAAUCCGUAGUGAUUUCGUUAUUUUUAGUAGCGUUUUUUGCUAGUUAUCACGGUACUAACCCCUAUAAGAGUUAGCACCUAAUCCCAUCCCUGUUCGGUUGGUGUCUGCAAUUUUCAAUUUUGGGAUAAAAUUAAAAUUUAAAACAAAAGAAGAAAAAGAUGAAGCUCUCAACCCUGCCCGAUCGAGCAAAUUGGUUGAAGGUUAUUGAUCUGAUUGUUUUAGUCCAAUUUAUCAAAGAUAUAUGAACAUAAUCAUUAUAUUAUUUAUACAUCGAUAAAUUAUAUUAAAUUUUAUUUAACGACUAACAUAUAACAUUACACCAUAAGAACAUAUUGUACUUGAAUCUAACAUAUAAUGAAAUUUCACAUACAUUUACAUAACAUCAAUAUUCAAAUGUUCAGCAUGAAAUUUUUAAGAUAGGUUUAGGUGAAGAGAAAAACAAUGUCAUGUAACCUCCAACUAAAUAAUAUUGUUGCAGCGGCUCGACCCAUGGGUAUGUGACCCAUUUUUUUGAUUCAAUCAUAGAAUCAAACCGAGUCCACUCCCGAGUCAAGCCACUGGUUGACAACAUUGAAAAAGAUUAAAGCAUUUGAGAUUACACGGGAAAUACUUUAGUUUGUUGGUAAAUGCGGUUAGAAGUCAGCCCAACCGCGUGACCCAGAAAAGGGAAAACAAAGUGGGUGAGUGGUCCUCCAAGUUAACUCGAGCCCACAGGAUUCCUGAGAGCGGUCUGGUCUUAAUUGGCCGGCCGAACCACUUUUUCCUAAAAAAAGGUCAAAAUCCUAACGAGCUGGUUUUGGCCAUUUUCUAGGCCUUUUUUUAUCUAUCAUUGAAUGCAAACUCGAUUGUUUCUGUUUGUGUCUAUCUAAAACCUUUCCCUGAAGUACCAAACCAAUGAGGCAGUUAUAUGCUUCUUUCCUUCUAUAUCUCUUUCCCCUAUGCCCUACCACCCAGCUGUGUUUCUAUGGUCCAUUGUGCUGGUUCAGCCUGUUUACCCAUUCCACCCGCCAAGCCACCGUCCUUGUCAAACUUUGGUAUGAUGCUGACCUACUAGAGGUGCGCCUGUGAUAUCGUAUCGCGUGCUUGCGUCAAUCUUUCAAAUAAGUGAAAUUGCAAUCUCAUCAGAAGAUUGUUCGAAAUUCUGUGAAAUAAUACAAGUUUUUUAACGAUUCUAUCAAUGGGAAGAAUCACACACACCCAAAUCAUGCAUGUAAUUGAAGUUAUACGACAUAUAUGAUAGUACGUGUCGUUUAUUGAGUUAGCCAUACACACUGUGCAUGUUUCUAGCGUUUUCGCAUGGUAUCAUCAAAUGAUACAGGUCUACAAAACUCAUUUGCAUAAACAAUAUUUUUUUGGUGUAGAUACGAAACGAGCCCUUACACGCCGGGGCAUUAGGGAAUGUAACUGCAUAUGAAUUCGGAACUCCUAAAGUUUUUGAACAGGCAAAUCAUACGUACACACCGAUCGUUUCCCUAGUGAUGGAGGAUGUAGGCAAAGCCCAGAGCAAAGUCGUAAUGAUCAGAAGCUUGUGUGGCUCCAAACUGGAAGACAACCAUCCGAUUUCCCAUUUGUAGUAACAAGAGCAGUGGACUUGUUAUUUUAAUUCUGUUUUGAAGCUUAUUGUAAGAAAUGAAAGUGCUUUGU